AUGGAACAAAGCAACAACAAAGCCCUGGAGCCGAUCAAGGUAGACGACAAGUUCGUCGAGCACGCUCCUGAUGCGUAUCCAGGUCUAUCACCAGAAGAUGCCGAGUUUAUGAGGGGGUAUGAAGGAAAGGCCGGCAAGAAAGUCGUCAAAAAGAUUGACUUUCGACUCCUCCCCAUCAUGGCCGUUUUAUAUCUUCUUGCGCAUAUCGACCGAGGAAAUAUUGGAAAUGCGAAAAUCGAGGGGAUGGACAAAGACCUUGGCCUUGUUGGAAACCAGUACAACAUCGCCAGCACCAUCUUCUUCGUGCCCUACAUCAUUUUCGAGGUGCCUUCCAAUAUUGUAUUGAAGAAGGUCAGAGCGAGUAUCUGGUUGUCGUUCUUGAUUAUCUGCUGGGGAAUCGUCAUGACGUGCAUGGGAGUGGUGCAGAACUUUCAAGGCCUCGUCGCAUGCCGAGCAGGUUUCUUCCCGGGCGCCGUGUUCAUCGUCUCGAGCUGGUACCCCCGUCAUGAGCUUCAGCAACGUCUCGCCAUCUUCUACACAGCUUCAGCAUUCUCUGGUGCCCUCAGUGGCCUUUUGGCUUUCGGAAUCGCUCGUCUCGAUGGUGCGAGAGGUAUUGCUGGAUGGCGCUGGAUCUUUCUCAUUGAAGGAGCCGUGACUGUCGCAGCUGGUCUGGUGAUGCCGCUCCUCAUCAUUGACACUCCCGAAAGAGCGAAGUGGCUUUCGGAGGACGAGAAGCGAUUCGUGGACCUUCGCUUACGUCUCUCCGGUGUGAGAUCUAAUACCGAAGAGGGCGACAAGUUCUCGUGGAAGCUGCUCUUCAAAACCAUGGUUGACUGGAAGGUGUUGCUGGGAAUCAUCCUCGCUUGGGCUAAUUCUGUCCCCAACGCUGCUUUCAAGUUCACCAUGCCCCAGAUCAUCAAGCAGCUUGGUUUCUCGACUGCGCAAUCACAACUUUUGACGAUGCCUCCAUAUGUAUGCGGUGGCAUUGCUGCAUGGUUGUCGGGAAGAUUCUCGGAUCGUUUAUCGUGGCGUAUGCCUUUCAUUGUGGGGCCCAUGUCUGUACUUCUUGUCGCCCUGGCCGUGCUGUUCAAUUACUCAAAGAAUGUGGCGGAUAAUGUUCCAGCCAUGUAUGUCGGUGUCAUACUGGCUCAGAUCGGUAUUUAUCCACUUCUCCCGGGUAUCAGCGCAUGGACAGGUAACAACCUUGCACCGUCAUGGAAGAGAUCUAUUGGUCUGGCUUGGCUUUUGGCUGCAGGAAAUGUUGGCAGCCUCAUUGGAACAAACAUCUUUCUCGAUAGAGAAGGCCCUCGAUAUCCGACAGGGUAUGGGGUUUCGCUCGGAAUUAUCUGCCUGGCUGCUUCCUGCGCUCUGCUCAUGGAGUUUUGUCUCUGGAAGUCGAACAAAGCCCGGGCUCAGCUUUCUGAAGCGGAAAUACGUCAGAAGUAUUCUCAGGAGGAGCUAGAUGCUAUGGGAGAGCGAAGCCCGUUGUACAAGUAUACGCUUUAG